GACAGAUGGCUACGAUGGUUGUCAAAGUCACAGUUUGCAAACAUUAAACUCCGACUUUACUUUUGAUUCUAAAUGCAGUAAUCAGCACAAAUUACUUUUUUGUUUGUUCAUGUUCAAUAGAAAUUCAAGUAAAAAUGGAGAAAGAAGCGAAAUUUGAAUUUAUCGAAGUUCAAAAUGAUAAUAUUUAUGAAAUUGUAAGCCAAGAAAAUGUGAUAGAUGAAGAGUCCGUGUACAUGUUGUGUGAAGAUAAUGAAUUACAACCAGAUGAACAUCACCAACUGAAAGAAUCGGUAGUGUAUGUGACGGAAGACGAAGUAUUGAUAGAAGAGGAAGAGAGCAUCGAAUCCUAUAAUAAUAAUGAUGACACCGAAGCCGAAAGUUGUAAACAAACUACAUCGAAUCAUCAUCUAACUUGUGAUAUUUGUGAUCGUGAAUUUAUCACCGUCACCGAACGGAAUGAGCACAUUGAAGAUCAUUUUUUAACAGUUGAAUGUCCACAUUGCUUGCGUACAUUUGUCGGCGAUCGAGCUUUCAACCAUCAUACAUCAACCGGAAAAUGUAAAGAAUUUGUGGUUUCGGAUCGAUUCAAGUGUGAUUUGUGCAACGAAAAAAUGUUCGAUUCGAAGGACGCAUACAACAAGCAUGUGAGUGCGAAACACAAAUGCGUCAUUUCGGAGGAUCGCAUUGAUUGUACACAAUGCAAUCGAACAUUUGCCAAAUUAAAAUAUUUGCGAAAACAUAUACGUGAAGUUCACGAGAAGGCCACACCAUUCCAUUGUAAGACGUGUGGAAAGAAAUUUAAUCGCAAAGCAAACCUGAUCGAACAUGAACUAAUCCAUGACAAUAAAUACUUGGCCGUGUGCAAGACGUGCAACAAAUCCUACCGAACACCAUCAGCUUUGAAGUUACACGAACGCACUCACACCGGUGAAAAACCAUACGUUUGUAAAAUUUGCAAUGAGAAAUCGUAUGCCUAUAACAGUGACUUGAAGAGACAUCAACGAGCUGUCCACAAAAUAGUCGAUGGCGAUAAAACCUAUCCGUGUACGCACGAUGGUUGCAACAAAGUUUUUUAUGAACCGAAACUUUUGAGAAACCAUGCAAGCCGAUCUCAUAAAUAUGUCAACGAUUGGCUUUAUUGUCAGUUUUGUCCUCUAAGUUUCGCCAUAAAUGAAGAAUUUGAGCUACACACAUACAGUCACUUCAAAAGUCGUACAUGUUCAGGCUGUAAUGUACGUCUUUUUCAAAUUUGCAACGAUUGGUAUGAAAUUCACACAACAGCCAAUUGUAAAAACAACAAUCACAUCCAUUCGUUCGGCACCAAUAACGCAGCCGAUGAUGGCAUCACGAUCAAACAGGAGCCCAUAGCCGAAAUGGAAACAGUUGAAUUGGAUGAAUUGCUCGAUGUAAAAACUGACGUCGAUUUUAAUGAUUUCGGUGAGGUGUUUGCAACGUCUCUAAAUACAACACUUGAAAUUGCUGAAAAUAACUUAAACACCGCCAAUGUUCCACAACAAAUGGCCUACAGUCAGCAGUUUUCAAAGCCACAGUUAAAGUUUCGCGUUGUCAAUAUUAAGAUGAAAGAAACAGUUGAAACAGAAAAAACUAAACGCACCAGAGGAAUCAAGUGUCGAUUUUGCGACAAAGUAUUGCAAACCCGUUUCUGGUUGGACAACCACAUUCAAAGCUAUCAUAGUGUUGACAAUGAAACAAAAUGCAAGCAUUGCAAUCAAAAAUUCCAAUCGUUUCAACAAUUGGAUAAACAUUUGAAAAGAUGUGCCGGGAAUAAUCGAAAACGGAUUUUCAAGAGGUUUAUUCAUCCGCAUCGGCCAAAAGAAAAUUUCCAAUGCGAUUUAUGUGGCAAUGUAUUGAAAAAAUUCCGUACACUUGAAGAUCAUAUGAAAGAAGUUCACUCAAAUGAAUGUUCAUUCGAGUGUCGCAUAUGCGGACGAUUCUAUCCGAGCCGGUAUUAUUUGAGCAAACAUCUAUUGCGGCACAAACAAGGUAAAGCCAGUGAUACAGAAAACGUUGAUUUGGAUACAGAUUUGAUGGAAAGACGUAAAUACACACGAGUACAUCCGCAUCGACCGAAAUCGAAUUUUACAUGCGAUAUUUGCAACAAAAAAAUAUCGCGUUUUGAUAUCCUCGAAGAACACAUGAGCAAUAAUCAUUCAGCUCGGGAUAGUUUUCGAUGUCGCAUCUGUGGACGCUGCUAUCCCAGUAGAUAUUAUCUGCAAAAACACAUUGGACGUCACAAGAAUGGCAGUCAGCAUCAACCGGCGGAUGAGGAUUUUGACAAAGGUUUGAUGGAACGCAAUAAAUAUCACAGACAUGAUCCAAAUCAACGAACACAAGAUUUGACCUGUGAUGAAUGUGGAAAAGUUUUCAAACAUCAUAACAUGUUAAUGGAGCACAAAACCGCACGACAUUCAGCCGAAGCUACAUUUCUGUGUCGAAAGUGUAAUCGAUUUUAUCCGAAUAGAUACUACUUGGCAAAGCACAUGAAGCGUCACGAGGAGUUGGAAAAAAAUUGCAUAUCAAUAGAUCAGUUCGAAGGAGAUUUGGAUGAAGAUCUAGUUGCUAGAAAUAAAUACUUACGACCCGAUCCAAAUGAAACAAAGUCAUCAUAUGAUUGCGACGAAUGUGGCCUUACUUUUACGAAAUUCCACAAACUGACUGAGCACAUUCGAUCGAAGCAUUCCGAUGAUAAUGGUUAUCGGUGUACUAAAUGCGGUCGAUGCUUUCCAAAUCGUUAUUACCUUACAAAGCACAAAAAAAUCCAUGAAAAUAACACCCGCAGCAUUAAUGUCACAGAUGAUGAGUCUAACGAACAACGGCCAUACACAAUUAAUCAACCACAUCAACGGAAUAGUACAUUUGUUUGCAACACUUGUGGUAUGAUAUACCCUAAAUACGAACUGCUACAGGAGCACAUUUCUUCGAAUCAUACCAGUUUGGAGAGCUUCAUGUGUGGUGUUUGUAAUCGUUCAUAUCCAAAUCGGCAUGAUUUGGUGAAGCAUAUGAAACGGCAUCAAAGCGAUACAAAGGUCGAAGAAAAAAUCGCAAAUGUUGUCGAAGAAAAUCUUGUGAAAAGGCACAAAUAUUUCCGUGCCCAUCCUCAUCGUCCGGUGUCCAAUUUUGAAUGUGAUAUUUGCAAAAAAGUCUUAUCCAGCUUCUAUUCGAUGGAAGAUCACAUGAAAUCGAAGCAUUCGAAAAAAUCCAAAACGCGAUAUCCUUGUUCAAAGUGUAAAAAGGAUUUCAUGACGAAGAAACGACUAAAGCAACAUGAAACACUAAAGCAUUCUACCGUUAAGCCAGAAGUGGUCAAACCAAAGGUGGAAACAAAACAUAUGUGCUCAAUCUGUGGACGUUUAUUCCCAGAAAGAUCGAAAAUGAUUAUGCACGAAAAAACACAUUCGGGCACCACGAUAUCGUGUGAAACUUGCGGUAAAGAAUUUCUAUAUAAGCAUUAUCUUCAAAAACACAUAAAAAAUGUUCAUAGUAAAGUGAAAAAUUUGGCAUGCGGUAUUGAUGGAUGUGAAUGGAAGUUUGCCUAUCAGCAAUGCUUGAUAAGACAUCGAGCCAGACGACACGGAAUAGUAAAGAAUCGAAAUGCCUGUCCCAUUUGCUCGAAAGAAUUUCCAGAGAGCAAGUAUCAUCUCCAACGGCAUCUCAAAGCACAUGCAAACAACACAGCUAAAGAAUAUAUACCCGAACCCAAGGAUGAAUCAUCGUCAAAAUAAAUAAAUUACAAUUAAUUUGAUUUUUAUUCGAAGUCGAAAGAAAGCAUUUCCAUAAAGAAAAAAUUGGUGAUAACUUUAUAUGCAGGGAAGAAGAUACUCAAACAUCGAAAUAUAUUUGUUUAAAAUAAAUUAAUGUAUUUCAAAAAUUCAAUCAAA